AUUGACUAUGUUCAUGCCUCUGACCUGAACAGCCUAACAAACCUGAGAGUUCUUGAUUUAUCUGGAAACUGCGCUCUACAGAUUAAUCCGGAUGCUUUUAUUGAACUAUCCAAACUACAAGACCUACGACUCUCUGGGAAUUCUUUACAAACGAUCAACCCAUCAUGGUUCCAGAACCUUACUAUGUUAAAGUAUUUGUAUCUGUCCUUCAACUCAUUGAUAA